AUGAAGUUAAGCCGUCAGUUCACCGUGUUCGGCAGCGCGAUCUUCUGCGUGGUGAUCUUCUCGCUCUACCUGAUGCUGGACCGGGGUCACUUAGAUUACCCCAAGAGCCCGCGCCGGGAGGGCUCCUUUCCCCAGGGCCAACUCUCAAUGUUGCAAGAAAAAAUAGACCAUUUGGAACGUUUGCUAGCUGAAAAUAAUGAGAUCAUCUCAAAUAUUAGAGACUCAGUCAUCAAUUUGAGUGAGUCUGUGGAGGAUGGUCCGAAAAGUUCACAAGGCAAUUUUAGUCAAGGUGCCGGCUCACGUCUUCUGCCUUCGCAACAAUUAUCCCUCCCAAUCGACUCCAAAGACUGUGUGUUUGCUUUACAAAGUGGAGGUCAGAGUUCAGAUGUGCAGAUGUUGGAUGUUUAUAGUCUAAUUCCUUUUGACAAUCCAGAUGGUGGAGUUUGGAAGCAAGGAUUUGACAUUACAUACAAAACUGAUGAGUGGGACACUGAGCCCCUUCAAGUCUUUGUGGUGCCUCAUUCCCAUAAUGACCCAGGUUGGUUGAAGACUUUCGAUGACUACUUUAGAGACAAGACUCAGUAUAUUUUUAAUAACAUGGUCAUAAAGCUGAAAGAAGACUCAAGGAGAAAAUUUAUGUGGUCUGAGAUCUCAUAUCUUUCAAAAUGGUGGGAUAUAAUAGAUACUCAGAAGAAGGAUGCUGUUAAAAGUUUACUAGAAAAUGGUCAGUUUGAAAUUGUGACAGGUGGCUGGGUUAUGCCCGAUGAAGCUUCGCCACAUUAUUUUUCCUUAAUUGACCAACUAAUUGAAGGACAUCAAUGGCUGGAAAAAAAUCUAGGAGUGAAACCUCGGUCUGGUUGGGCUAUUGACCCUUUUGGACAUUCAUCAACAAUGGCUUAUCUUCUAAAACGUGCUGGAUUUUCUCACAUGCUUAUCCAAAGAGUUCACUAUGCAAUUAAAAAGCAUUUUGCAUUGCAUAAGAACCUGGAAUUUUUUUGGAGACAGAAUUGGGAUGUGGGGUCUGUCACAGAUAUUUUUUGCCAUAUGAUGCCCUUCUACAGCUAUGACAUCCCUCACACUUGUGGACCUGAUCCUAAAAUAUGCUGUCAAUUUGAUUUUAAACGGCUUCCUGGAGGCAGAGUUGGUUGUCCCUGGGGAAUCCCCCCAGAAACAAUAUAUCUUGGAAAUGUCCAGAACAGGGCUCAGAUGCUUCUAGAUCAGUACCGAAAGAAGUCAAAGCUUUUCCGUACUAAAGUUGUCCUGGCCCCGCUAGGAGAUGAUUUCCGCUAUUGUGAACGCACAGAGUGGGAUCAGCAGUUCAAGAAUUAUCAGCUACUUUUUGACUAUAUGAAUUCUCAGCCAAAGUUUAAUGUUAAGAUACAGUUUGGAACUUUAUCAGAUUAUUUUGAUGCACUGGAUAAAGCAGAAGCAAGUAGUAGAAAGAGUAGCCAAUCAGUGUUCCCUGUUCUAAGUGGAGAUUUUUUCACUUACGCUGACCGGGAUGAUCAUUACUGGAGUGGAUACUUCACAUCCAGACCCUUUUACAAACGAAUGGAUAGAGUCAUGGAAUCUCAUUUGAGGGCUGCUGAAAUCCUUUACUAUUUCGCCCUGAGACAAGCUCAGAAAUACAAGAUAAGUAAAUUUCUUUCAUCAUCACAUUACAUGGCACUGACAGAAGCCAGAAGGAAUCUGGGACUGUUUCAACAUCAUGAUGCUAUCACAGGAACCGCAAAAGAUUGGGUAGUUGUGGAUUAUGGUACCAGACUUUUUCAUUCACUAAUGAAUUUGAAGAAGAUAAUUGGAGAUUCUGCACUUCUUCUUAUUUUAAAGGACAAGCAUACGUAUGACUCUUACUCUUCUGAUAACUUCUUAGAGAUGGAUAUGGAACAAAAAUCACAAGAUUCUCUGCCACAGAAAAAUAUUAUAAGGCUGAGUACGGACCCAAGGUACCUUGUAGUCCACAAUCCUUUGGAACAAGACCGACACUCAGUAGUCUCUGUGUAUGUGAGUUCUCCUACUGUGCAGGUGUCCUCUGCUGAAGGAAAACUUGUGGAAUUUCAAGUCAGUGCAGUUUGGGAUACUGCAAAUAGUAUUUCACAAACAGCCUAUGAGAUCUCUUUUCUAGCACAUACACCACCGUUGGGAAUGAAAGUUUAUAAGAUUUUGGAAUCAGCUAGUUCAAAAUCACUCUUAGCUAAUUAUGUUCUAUAUAAUGGUAAAACAGAAACUAAAGGAAUUUUCAACAUAAAGAAUAUAAAAAGUGCUGAAGAAGAUAUAAUGCUAGAGAACUCCUUUAUUAGACUUCAGUUUGGUCCGUCUGGGCUUAUGGAGAAAAUAAUAAAUAAAGAAGAUGGUAAACAUCAUGAAGUAAAAUUGGAAUUUUCAUGGUAUGGAACAACAAGUAAAAAAGACAAAAGUGGUGCCUACCUUUUCUUACCUGAUGGGGAAGCCAAGCUUUACGGGUACACAACAUUGCCUUUUGUCAGAGUGACGCGUGGAAGGAUUUACUCAGAAGUGACUUGCUUUUUUGACCAUGUUACACAUAGAGUGCGACUCUACAAUGUACAAGAAUUUCAGAUUCAGCCUAGAAUGACAAUGAGCAAACUGCCUCUUCAAGCAAAUGUCUACCCCAUGACUACAAUGGCUUACAUCCAGGAUGCUGAGUAUCGGUUGACACUUCUCUCUGCUCAGUCUUUAGGUGUUUCAAGUUUGAAAAGUGGUCAGAUUGAAGUUAUCAUGGAUCGAAGACUCAUGCAAGAUGAUAAUCGAGGCCUUGGGCAAGGUGUCCAUGAUAACAAGAUUACAGCCAAUUUAUUUCGAAUACUAUUAGAAAAAAGAAGUGUCACUAAUAUGGAAGAAGAAAAGCAGUCAGUCAGUUACCCAUCUCUCUUAAGCCACAUAACAUCUUCUUUCCUGAAUCAUCCCGUCUUUGCAAUGACAGAAAAGGUCUCCUCGCCCACCCCUCAGCUACUGGGUGAAUUUUCUCUGUUGCUGUCAUCUUUGCCUUGUGACAUACAUCUAGUUAAUCUGAGGACCAUGCAGUCAAAGGGAGGUAAUGGACAUUCUGAUGAGGCUGCCUUGAUCCUUCAUAGGAAAGGGUUUGAUUGCCGGCUCCCUAGCAGAGACACUGGGCUGCUUUGUUCCACUACCCAGGGGAAGAUGUUGGUACAGAAACUUUUUAACAAGUUUACUGUUGAAAGUCUCACACCUUCAUCGUUAUCCUUGAUGCAUUCACCUCCAGAUGCUCGGAAUAUAAGUGAGAUCAACUUGAGUCCCAUGGAAAUCAGCACAUUCCGAAUCCGUUUGAGGUGA